CGGAAGUUUUCAGGCUGAGGGUGGAUCUCCUGUGGCAACACUUCACGCUGUCAUCCAGAAUAAGAGACAGCGCGUAAAUCUGUUCAGGAUUCCAGCCUGAGCGCUUCCUCUGGAGCAGAGAGCCGCUCAGCGGGACGUGGCUGAAAUGGCAUCCGCCGCACAGACGCAUCCAGGCGCGCAGGAGAGCCGCUUUAUCCCGGGCAGCACUGAGCGUCUGAGCCCAUCCGCGGUGAACCGCAUUCUGAUGGAGUUCCUGAUCUACUUCGGCCGGGCUUUGGUGGUCUUCUACCCGGUCUACCUGACCGGGUACCUGGGCUUCAGCAUCAGCUGGGUCCUGCUCUGCAUGUUCAUGUUCACCUGGUGGCAGAAGAACCGGCAGUGGAAGGACGUCCAGAUCGGAGGCGCUUUGGAUUUAGUGGAAAACGAGAAGCAUAUUAUCAACACCGAGCUGAAGGGUUCCUUACAGAUGGCUUCUUGGGUGCAUUUCACAGAUGUUGAGAAGGCUAAUUGGGUGAACAAGGUGUUGGAGCAAGCUUGGCCCUUUGUCGGGAUGUACAUAGAGAAACUUCUGAAAGACAAUAUCCAGCAGACGGUCAGGAUGUGCAACUCUGCGCUCAAAAUGUUCACUUUUACCAAGAUUCACCUUGGACACAAACCUCCAAAGAUCACUGGGAUUAGAUCGUACACCCAUGAAGUGGACCAGAGGGAGGUGAUCCUGGAUAUGAACAUAAAUUAUGACAGUGACGUGGACAUCGAUGCAGAUGUGAAUGCAGCCAUCACCGUGGGCGUUAAAGGGUUACAGUUCCAAGGAAUGCUUAGAGUCAUCCUAGAGCCCCUGAUUGGCCAGGCGCCGCUGGUGGGAGGAGUCACUCUCUUUUUCAUUCGCCGCCCUACUCUGCAGAUCAACUGGACCGGCAUGACCAAUCUGUUGGACAGUCCAGGCUUUAGCUCUCUGUCUGAAGAUACCAUUAUGGACAUCAUUGCGUCCAUCAUAGUCUUGCCGAACCGCAUGUGUUUUCCCCUGAUUGACCAAGUCAAAGUAGAUCAGAUGAGGUUUCCUCUGCCUCGGGGCGUGGUCCGGGUCCACAUGUUGGAGGCCAGAGACCUGAUGGCCAAGGACACCUACAUGAUGGGCUUAGUGAAAGGCAAGUCGGACCCUUACGCCACGGUCAGAGUGGGAAACCGACAUUUCAAAACCAAGACCAUCAAAGAAAAUCUGCACCCGAGAUGGAAUGAAGUUUAUGAGUUUGUCGUUCAUGAGGCGCCGGGACAGGAGCUGGAGGUGGAUCUGUACGAUGAAGACAGAGAUAAAGACGAUUUUCUAGGAAGUUAUAAGAUGGAUUUGGGAGAAAUAAAGAGGGAGAAAGAAAUGGACCAGUGGUUUCCCUUGGAAAGUGCUACUAGUGGAGAGAUUCAUCUGAAGCUGCAGUGGCUCGCCCUGAGCUCUGAGCCUCGCAGGGAUAUCAGACCUUCCACCAACAGCGGCCUGUCCUGUGCUAUGCUUGCGAUAUACCUGGACAGCGGCAGCAACCUUCCAAAGGACCACAGUGAGUUAGCAUCCAACCAGAAACAUGGGAAACAUGGCAGAGAGGCACGGCUUACAAAGAAAAAUGUGGGUCCCAGCUCCUAUGUGGAAUUUGCCCUUGAUAAAGAUGUUCAGAAAAGCAAGGUUGUCUUUAUGAGUAAAGACCCGGUGUGGGAGCAGGGAUUCACUUUCUUCGUACACAACAUAGAAACUCAGCAGCUGAUAGUUCAGGUCAAAGAGCAUGAGAAGAAGACCGUUCUCGGGGUUUUCAACUUGCCUCUCAAUCGCCUCUCUGAAAACUCCCAGAUGUCUCUAGACCAGCGCUUCCCGCUUGAGCGCUCAGGAGCCAACAGCCAGAUCAAACUGAAGGCCACUCUCAGGAUUCUUACAGAGGAACGACCUCCAACCAAGAUCCCCCAAAGUUCUCCUGUGAACGUCAACCAGCAGAUGGCAGCAGGAGGAAAUGCCUCGGCGUCCGCUGCCCAUCCUGGGGACCCCGCCAAAUCUCAGCCGGCCGAUCAGCUCAACAGAACAAAUGAGGCUUCUUCAGCUCAGCAGCGCCGGAGCUCCUUCCUCGUUUCAGAAGCCAGUAAGUCCCCGAACGCCAGCAUGCGUCGCUACGACUCCCACAGCCUGCUGUCGGAUAACUCCAUCGCCUCGUCGCGGUUCGACCUCUCAGACGGAGCCUCCUAUCCUGAGGCUAUAAGGAACCAUCAAGGUACAUUUGGAGAAAUUCACCUGACUGUACGCUACGCUAACAUGAGGAACAAGCUUAUAGUCCUGGUUCACGCCUGCAGGGACCUGUUUCUCUGCAGCGACCAUGGCACAGACUCCUACGUUCGCAUGUAUCUACUGCCAGACCACUCAUGGAGACACCGCAAAAAGACGCACGUCAGGAAAAGGACGGUCAAUCCCGUCUUUGAAGAAAAGUUUGAGUUUGAUGUGUCACUUGAAGAAGCAAAGACCAGGAAGCUGGAUAUUUCUGUAAAAAAUAACAAGAUGUUCCAUACGAGGCAGAGAAAGGACAUAGGCAUGGUGAUGUUGGAUAUCUCACAGAUGGAUCUAAUAAAAGGAGUCUCCGAUUGGUAUGAACUUACCCUACCUGGACUAAUGAAAUCCAACAAAUAGGAGAAGUUGUAAAGGACCAGCAGGCAGCUGCAGGAAAGUGAAGAGAUGUUCCUU